ACUUUAAUCACGCAGGUUUUUUAGAGAGAGAGAGAGCACAAACAUACCAAGUCUUGGAAUCUCGUUGCGCGGUCCAUCAAACCACAAAUAUCGAGGAACUAAUUUUCAUUUCCUGUUUUAACCCUUCUUCCUCUUCUUCUUCUUCCUCUUCUUCUUCUUUUCUUUUUGUUCUUUUUUUUUUUUAAAAAAAAAAUUCUUGUUUGUGAUGGUUUUGUUAUGCAUAUAAUUGCAUUUUUUAAAUAGUUUGUUGUACUGAUUCUCUGCUAGAGAGAGAGAGAGAGAGAGAGAGAGAGAGAGAGAGAGAGUCCAAAAAGAGCUCCAAAUUUUCAUGGAUGCUUCGAUCUGCACCCUCCUCAGUUUCAAAGAGAUCUCAUAGAAACGAACCCAUGUAAGGAAGUUUUCAAUGUUCCCUAAAAAAACAUUCACUGCAUUAUUUUGUAAAUCAUUCGUUCAUUUCUUUCUUUUUUCCUUCUCCCUUCUCUUCCCAUUUUCCUCACGUGUAGCUGUGUUCCUCUGAUCUUCGAAUUUUGAUUAAUGGGUAUCGGAAGGAGUGUGCUUGAAACUAUUCUGGAGACUCAUUAAUGGCUGCUGAAUCUCUCCCUAGUUCAGAAUUUCCACAUUUCCCCUUCUUUUAGCUUCUCGUUUUGUGAAAAUUUUCUUUGUUGUCCGCUGGACCAGGUUCAAUGGGUUUGGCUUGGGAUCCAUGUUGGAUGGCAUCCCUUUAUUUUUGUUUCACUGCAAUCAUUGUCAUUGUUAUAUAAUUUAAUAAGGUUUUCUGUUAGACUGAUCUGCGUUUUUCCUUUUUGCCUUUCUUUUUUUUUUCUUUUUGGCUUCUUGUGUAUUGGGUAUUCGUUUUUUUUGGGUUUCUCCCACAUUUUCUCCCGCUUAUAAUGCCGUGUUCUUGAGGCCAUUUCAUGGGUUGAACUGUGAAGAAUAAUGGGUAGCUUUAGCGAAGAUGAAGAAUGCCCAUUUUUUGAUGCCCAAGAGAUUAAUGCUCUCUCGAUAUCUGAUGCCAAUUGCGAUGGCAUUGGGGCGACGUUUGAUUCUAAUCCCAGUUUUUGUAAUUGGGUCGAGGGAAGUUUUGUUUAUGAUGUAUGGAAUCAAAGCCCCAAUUGUGUUCACGAGCGUCGGAGAAAGUUCUUGAAAUGGAUGGAAUUGGGAUUGGAUCGAACUCCUCUCUGUAAUGGUAAUUCUCUGACCGUGUGCAGUGAUUGGACAGAAGGGGAAGGAGAAAAUUUGAGGCACAAUUCUGGGGCUGAAUCCUCAGAUUUUGAGGAUGUGUUUUGCUCGGGUAGAUCUUCGAUGUCGUGUUGGCCUAGUGAUGAUCUUGAACUUUCAGAGAUGGCUUCUACGAGUGGCACUCUGUACGUAGAUGAUGAGAAUAAUGGAGAAUGUGGUAGGAAAAGUGGGGAUCUAAACACGGUCCGGUUGGCAAUAGCUGAAGAGCUUGAGGAGACUCCUGUUUCAUCCCCAUCUUUCCAACAAAUGUUGGAGAUGGAGGUUGAGAGGGAAAACAUUCCGUUUAAUACAACACGAAGAGUCAACAAACGUUGGCUUACGAAAUUACGAUCGGCAGCCUGCAUUUUUGAUAAGCAUGAUAAGUCAACAAAAUUGGUAGUUGAUGAUGAUUCAAGUGAAGGGUCAAGAGUUCGGAGGGUUAAGGUUCGCCAGUGCAAGAAACAAAUGAAGGAACUCUCAGCUCUUUAUAUGGGACAAGACAUCCAGGCACAUGAAGGUGCUAUUUUGACAAUGAAGUUUAGUCCUAAUGGGCAGUAUCUUGCUACUGGUGGUGAAGAUGGGAUUGUUAAAUUGUGGCAAGUGAUUGAAGAUGAGAGAUCUAAUGAAUCUGACAUCCCUGAAAUCGAUCCAUCUUGCAUUUACUUCACAGUGAAUCAUCUCUCUGAGUUGAAACCUAUGCUUGUGGAGAAAGAGAAGAUGGUUAACUCAAUGACCUUGAGGAAAACAUCAGAAUCAGCUUGUAUAAUUUUUCCACCUAAAGUAUUCAGGAUAUUGGAAAGACCUUUGCAUGAGUUCCAUGGGCAUACUGGUGAAAUUUUGGAUCUCUCUUGGUCAAAAAACAAUUAUCUUCUGUCAUCAUCAGUUGAUAAAACCGUUCGACUUUGGCGAGUGGGAUCUGAUGAUUGCCUUAGAGUUUUUUCACAUAAUAAUUACGUUACUUGUGUUCAUUUUAAUCCCAUGGAUGAAAAUUACUUUAUCAGUGGUUCAAUUGAUGGGAAGAUUCGCAUUUGGGGAAUUUCUUCAUGUCAAGUUGUUGACUGGACCAGCAUUAGGGAAAUUGUCACUGCAGUGUCUUAUCGUCCCGAUGGACAGGGAGGAAUUGUUGGCUCCAUCAAUGGUACUUGCCGCUUCUUUAAAGUAAUAGGUGAUAAUAACCUGCAAUUGGAUGGCGAAAUAUGUCUGUCUAGUAAGAAGAAGUCGCCCAGUAAAAAGAUAACAGGGCUUCAGUAUUCUGCAGAAGAUUCGAGCAGAAUAAUGGUGAGCUCUGCUGAUUCCCGUAUCCGAAUUAUUCAAGGGCUUAAUGUGAUCCAGAAGUACAAGGGGCCUUGUAAAACCGGAAACCAGAUGUCUGCAUUGUUCACCUCGGACGGGAAACAUAUUGUCUCAGCCAGUGGGGAUUCUAACGUGUAUCUAUGGAACUGCGGUUAUAAGAACGAGCCUGUUCUUUCCCAAGUGAAAAAGAUCAAGUCUUAUGAAUAUUUCUCCCCCAAUGCUUCCAUUGCAGUACCAUGGUGUGGUUUGAGAUGUAACACAGAUGGUGAGAGACAUUUUUCUGGCAUGACUAGGACUUCUUCUGAAACUUUUCCGCUCUCAUCACCUGCUUUUUUCUCUUUGAGCCAAGAGUUAUUAGAAUCCUUCCCCAAGGGAUCUGCAACUUGGCCCGAGGAGAAGCUUCCGACUUCCAGCCACCUAACCAAACCAUCUACGAUGCAUAAAACUCGGUAUAAGUUUCUGAAAUUGUCUUGCCAAAAUACGUCGCGUUCUCACGCAUGGGGUCUGGUCAUCGUGACUGCAGGAUGGGAUGGACGAAUCAGGUCGUUUCACAAUUAUGGGUUGCCUAUACCAGUAUAAGACUGCGGAAUUUUCCAAAAAUACGAAGUGAUUUCUUCUUCAGAUUUUGAUGCCUCGCAUUUUUAGUGCCUCCUGGCUGAGUAUAAGCUGUGAUGCAAAUCUGAUCUCAUUUUACAUGAUCAACAAAUGUUAUCACCCACUGCAAAUAAACACAAUUCUAUGUGCUGAUGGUUGAUACGUUAUCGUUUUUGGAGUUUCCUCGAGCAUCUCUGUAGAUUUUCUGAUACUCUAGGGUCGAGUUUAUGGAAAUGACAAUUGAUGGAAGAAGCUUCUCUUUAGAGGAAAGGACUUCGAAUCAGCUAGUGGCCAAGGUUAGCUUACCUGGAUCUUCCUCUUGUCAAUCAUCAUGAUCAUCCUGUGUAGGAGAGGCAGUUUGAUGAUAGAAAAAAAAUUGUUAUGUUGUGAUUUUGAGAUUGGUGCUGGCCCAUAACAAACAUGUGAAGUCAUUCAUGUUAUGGGGAAAUGAUACUGAUACGAGACGCUCUCUCGAUGAUGCAGGUACCUGCGGGGGCGUGGAGGGCCUCUUGCCUUUUUCUGGUAUAAACAUGGUCAGGGAAAUCAAGAUUGGUGGUCUGAAUUCAUUGAAGGAAAAUUGGUAUAUGCCAUUACAUCUUGUGGGCCAUUUUUUGAUUGAUUUGAUUUGAUUUUAUGACCCCUUCUGCUUCUGCUUCGUAUCGACGGGCGACAUGAGGAUUUGAGUUGUGGGGCAGCAAAGUCAGUCAUUUUCAUCUGAGGAGACCUUACAUUGCAGGCUGGUCUUUGAAAUGCAAGAAAGAGAGAAAGAAAGGGAAAAAUAAAGUUCUUGUUUUUUGUUUGCUUCUUGCUGCUUGCUUGCUUGCUGUAUCAAUCACUACACUAACUCAAGUCACCAGCAACCCUUUUGCUAACAGAGAUUAUAGGUUGUAUUAUUCUCACUUUAUUUCAUUCAACAUCAUCAUCUUAGGUCAGAUGUUAUAAGCCUUAAGCUAAGCUUUUUAGUAUCAGGUGAGUUCCAUCUGCUGUAAAUACAAGCUCUGUGUGCAGGCUUUUUUCUUUUUCUUUUCUCUUGUAAAGCAUGUUCUAUAGAAGCGAUCGAUAGAAUCGAAAGUUUUAACAGAUUGGGAAGAUUCGAAGUUUA